GGCCUCUCACCCUGGCUGGGCGUCUGUGACCUGGGUCUAUGGCUGCAUGAGUUCUCUGGGAGAUGGAACACAGCAGGUUUCUGGCCGGCCUGAUGCUGGCUGCCUUUCUCUCCCAAGUGAGCCCCUCCGAGACAACCGUGAAUGAACUUGAGGACAGAGUGUUUUUGAAUUGUGAGGGCACCAUCACAUGGCUGGCGGGAACGAUGGGGAACCUGGCUUCGGACAAUAAAAGUCUGGACUUGGGAAAACGCAUCCUGGACCCACGGGGAGUGUAUACGUGCAAUGGGACACAGAAAGAAGGCUUCGCACGUACCCUGCAAAUAUAUUACCGAAUGUGCCAGAACUGUGUGGAGCUGGACUCUGCUACCCUGGCUGGCAUCGUCAUCACCGAUAUCAUCGCCACUCUGCUCCUUGCUUUGGGAACCUACUGCUUUGCUGGUCAUGAGACCGGAAGGUUCUCAAAGGCUGCCGACACUCAAGCCCUAUUGAGGAAUGACCAGCUCUACCAGCCCCUUAGAGAUCGGAGUGAUGCUCAGUACAGUCACCUGGGUGAGAACUGGCCUCGGAACAAGUGAACCUGAGACUGACGGCUUAUGGGCGCAUCAGUCAUCCACUGUACCGUCUCUCCUUGCUCAGCCAAUAAAGAUGUCUUCUUUCACUCAGCAGGCGCCUGGACUUCUCAAGGCUCCUGGGCAAGGCAUGGGCGUUGUCCUGAUUUGGCAGGGCCCUUGCCCUCCCUGCCCACUUGUGCUCCUUCAUCGCUUCCCUGAGCCCGCCCCACGCGG